CGUAUUAAAUUAUCCAGUCAAAUUCUUGUGGUCAACAACCAAUCAAUUUCUCACUGAUCCAGCUAGCUAGCUAACUUUUACGUUUGUUAAUAGGCUUUACGCAGCAAUUUAUCAUCAAUCAGGCAGGCAGGGAAUAGAGCAAGAUGAACCCACCGUGCGCCAAGUGCAAAAAGACAGUCUAUCCUGUGGAGAAGCUUAAUUGCCUCGACAAGGUGUGGCAUAAGGGUUGCUUCAGAUGUGAGUCAUGUAACCUUCUCCUCUCGAUGAAGACCUACAAGGGCUACAACAAGCUCCCCUACUGCAACACGCACUACCCUACUACCAAGUUUACUGCCGUCGCAAACACACCCGAGAAUCAGCGAUUGGCCCAACAAACAAAGAACCAGUCUGAACUGGUCUACCGCAAAGACAAGGAGUCUGCUUUAAGGGAUUUCACUCAAGUGGCUGACGGUGUGAGCACCAAACAGGCAGCCAGACAACAGAACCUGGCUAGUAACCUUGGUUACCAGACUGCCCCUCACCAACAAGAGAGAGCUAGUGGUGGAUACAACGAGCCGCCUCCCCCAGCUGCCUUUCAGCCCCCUGCCAUGGUUGCUCCUCAAAUGGCACACCAGCCUGCCCCUCCUCCAAUGGUGGCCAAGCAACCUGCCCCACCCCCUGCUGCCCCUAGUGGUCCUCGUUUUUAUGCCGUCUAUGACUACGCAGCUGCUGAUGAUGACGAGAUCUCAUUCAACGAAGGUGAUGAGAUCACUGAGAUCACAGUGAUUGACGAUGGCUGGAUGGAGGGGCGUGUCAAACGCACCGGUCAAUAUGGAAUGCUGCCCUCCAACUAUGUUGAGAAACGGUGAAAACUUGAACAUUGAACAUCUAAUGAUUUUGAUCUACUGUACAGUGGAUAAAUAUAACCCUAGUGAUAAUCAUAGCUAUAAUAGACAGUUGUCUACUGGUAGCUCAACUUACCAGAUGUGUAGUUUUUGGAUUGAUUGUAAUUGCACUGUUAGUCGAAUUUUUUGUACCCUGUGACCGUUUAAUUACUGGUUCGAUUCUUUCUAAUUUUUGUCAAUUGAUGUGACUAUUACAGUACAUGCAUGCACAUAGUUGGUUAUAAAAAUUAAA